CGCUUUUAAUUAAUAUCCCGUGAAGUAACCAUACAAAAAGUUAAUUCAAAAAUACAAAUUUUUGUUGCUCAUUUGUUUUCCCACCGAAACAAGGGAAAGUACGCUUCAAGUUGACAAUGUCACUUCAACUUCACUUUUUAUGAAAAGUUUUUGGAAAAAAUUGUCAAGUAAUGCGGCCUACGACAAGAAUUUAUUAAACAAUUGUGACAGAGUUGCGAAGAGAAUGGGAAACACCGGGUCCACGCAUUCAUCGAAAAGAAAAGGACAAAAACGAGAAAGUGGUGACAGCGUAGGUGAUCGUCCACGAAAAACUAAAAAAUUUGUAAAUGGUUCCGAAUCCCGAACCAGUGGAAAAGAGAUAAUAAAAUGUCGUGCGACUAAUCCUUUUAUCAUCUUCUUUCUACGGUUACGGAGUAAAAAGCCAAAGGAACACGUAACCGUGAUUGCUCGUGCAGCUGGAAAAUUAUGGACACAAAUGACUCCGGAACAAAGAAAGAAAUACGUACAGUUGGCAAACGCCGAGAAAAAAAGACGAGAAGAGCAAAGAAGGAAACGAAAGUUAAGAAGAAGGAAAGGAAGAUAGAACACACACGUUGAUGAAACGUUAUAAGAUAAAAACGAAAUUAUAUAAGUGCGAAGUUCGUCUUCCUGAGUGCUGAGUUAAGCACGCGCUUUCUACACAAGUUCUUACAAGUUUUUUAUU